CGAGUGCGAAAAUCAAUAUUACAUAUAUUUAUACUUUUUCAGAGCCAUUACAGAGAAAGUACGUAGUUAUUUAAACGCGUUUGAAAAACUAGAAACCAUCAUUGGCGAUCACGGUGCGUAAAACCAAAAUAAAAUUAAAAAUAAUAACUAUGGUGAUAAGGUAAUAUUCAUAAUUGACAUGUUAACGUAAAUAGUAAAUAUAUCAAUGACCAUCGAAACGCGUUAAAUUUUUCUUUUGAUUUUAAGUGUCGAGACAGUGUCGUGGUUGUUUGACACGACAAAAUGAAAAUUAACGUAGGAAAAUCCUUCAUUGUGUGCUUGUGCUUACUAGUAGCAAGUAGCUCGUGUUUUCAGAAGCACAUUCAAGCACUAGCAGCAAAAGUGAAUAAACUAUUUGGGAAUAAACCAUGCGACGGUGUCAGUUCCACGGAAUCAACGUGGAAGCCUAACGACAACGAUGCACAGCCUGCUGUGUUAGAGUGCAACAAUAAUACUAAUGACAGAAAUUAUAUGUUUGGUGUCGAUUGGAAAAAUGUGAGUUCCAGAAUUGCAAAUAACUGGUGGAUAAUUGCAGUGUCUUCGCUUCUACCAUUCCUUGUCUUCUGGCGAAUCCAAUACAUUAUGAGAUACAAGCUCCAAGACUGGAAAAAAUCUUUCAUUCAAAAAGAAAAGGCAUACAUCCGUUCCAGAAGACUAACACUGCCGGAUUUAACUUUGGCCAAACAUGCUCGAAGAGAGUCAUUGGCUGAAUCCACACAAAAACUCACAAAUCGUCCCAGAAAAAUGUCUCAAUGCAACAUUUCACAGUUUAAAAGUAUGAGAAAAAAUUCAUUUGAAAAAAAUGAAGAACUGUCAGGGGACUCAAAGAGAGUUCACAUAAUUAGACGUCGGCAUUGAUGAUUUGUUUAGUACCUAAUUUAAAAUGUUUACAUUUGUAUCUUGUAUGUUUAUGUGCCAACUUUGUCUGAAUCUGUAUGCACAAAAUUGUUAAAUGAAUUUUAAUAAAUAUAAGAGUGUUGAAGAGUA